AUUUUAAGUAAAAAUAAUAAAAAAGAAUAAAAAACUCAUUAAUGUAUGUAUUAUUUUUUUGUAUUUAUACUACAAAAUGCUUUAUGAUAACUUUUUAAGGAGUAUGGUGCACCUUUGAAGAGGGAUUAUGGGAUUUUGUACCAAACACAUACUUGCAAUUUUCCAUUUAGUUGAUUCUAGUUCGGCAGGCUAAUAUAAUUGUAGAAGAAAUCAUUCUUUAAAAUAUAUUUUUCAAAAUUUUUUCUUGUAGACUGGGCCGGACCCAGGUAUCAAUUCGGGUUUUCAAAAACCUUUUCUCGUCGGCACGUCAUAAAAUGAGGAUUUAUAUAUUUAUAAGGUUCUCGGAUAUAUAAUACAACAUAAAAAAUCCGGAUCCUAAUUGGACGUUAUUGCUCAAGAAAUUUGGCAUAUCUCGAAAUAAUUUAAAAUAUAAGCAACACACAAUAUAGAUCCGAUUCACACCCAAAAUGCAACCUUUACUAUGUUCACACUUUGGCCGCACUGGCACUGCCAGUGUUCACGAAAACCUGAUAGCAAAGAACGAGUCAGUUUUCGAGUGAAUUUGCAGGUAAAUGUGUUAUUAGCUGCGGCAAAUCGUUUGCAACGCCGCGUUAUUGUUGUUGUUUUUUUAAGUGAUUGGUGAAAAAAAUUUCCAUGGAUAAAUUUAUUGGAUACGAAAAUCUAUAGUGUUUAACUAAAAUUUCUGUUAAAAAUUAAAUUUUUGUGAAUUAGAAGUAACUCUUGAACCCGCCUGCUGUUACUGUUGGCGGCUGUGUUCUACCCCACUAGCAGCAACAGGAGUAAAUAUUCAUAUUUUAGCUGUGUAAAAGACUGUAUUUUUGUUUUACAACGUUUAGGACUAGUAAACCUACAUCGGUAGUGUUUCGGAGUGAGUGUCAAAAAUAAAAACAACAACAAAUUGUUGGAUACAAAAGGUAUUUUUUUGUGAAUUUACUGUCUGGCUUAAAUAACAUAAACGCAAAACUGGCGGACGAACAAGCAGAAAGCGCCAACAAGAUGAGUUGGGGAACGCAACUUUGGGAUCAGUAUGAAAAUAUAUCGUCACAGACGAACAAAGGCAUAGAAUUCCUUGAAAAAUACUGCAGUUUCAUACAAGAUCGUCUGGCGAUAGAAAAAGAAUAUGCCACCAAAUUGCGACGCUUAGCGAAAAGCUACCAGCCCAAAAAGCGCGAGGAGGAAGACAACGAAUUUUCAUCCUGCCAAGCUUUUCGCAAUGUUUUGAAAGAAAUCAACGACUUAGCGGGCCAGCGCGAAGUAGUUGCCGAAUCACUGGAGCAACGCAUCGUGCAAGGCAUACAAGUGCUCUCCAAAGCGUUACGAGAUGAACGAAAGCGAUGUCUCACUGAAGGCACAUCCCUACAACAGACCCUCACCGCACAGUUGGGCGCACUCGAUCGCGCCAAACGCAACUAUGAGAAGGCCUUUCGCGAGUCGGAAAAAGCUGUGGAGAAUCACAAGAAAGCCGAUAUGGAUCUGAAUUUAAGUCGAGCCGAAGUGGAACGCUAUAAGAAUAUAAUGACAGCGAAAAUACAACAAUCGGACGAUGCGAAAAACGAAUAUGCUAAUCAACUGCAGAAGACGAACAAUUUACAAAGGCAGCACUACGGUGUAUCAUUGCCAACAGUUUUCAAUCGCCUACAAGAGCUGGAUGAGAAGCGCACAGGCGGCAUACGUGAGUUCAUCAUUGGCACAGCAGAGGUCGAAUCGGCGGUGGCGCCUAUCAUUGCACGGUGUAUGGAGGGCAUUGUCAAGGCGGGCGAGUCAAUAAACGAAAAGGAAGACUCCUUCAAAGUCAUAGAAAGGUAUCAAUCGGGCUUCACACCACCAACCGACAUACCCUUCGAUGAUCUGUCAAAGCAGAAUCCCGACUCACCGUUAGAUUCCCGUGUGCUUUCAAAUCAUUUCACCGUCAAGGGCACCAUUAGCAAAGGCGUUAAGAAACGCACAGCGAUCUUCAGCUUCUUCGGUAGCAAUAAGCCACAGAAGAUUUAUGAAGCCUGUAUCACCAUGAAGAACUCCUUAACGGCGGACGGCCAAAAGGAAGACUUCAGCGAUUUACCACCGAGUCAAAGGCGCAAGAAGCUACAAGCUAAAAUUGCCGAAUUGCAGCAUAAACUGAAUCAGGAGGUGGCCACACGUGAUGGUCUGAUGAAAAUGAAAAUGGUCUAUGAAUCCAAUUCAUCGCUGGGCAAUCCGAUGACAGUCGAAGGACAGCUGAAUGAGUCCGAGCACAAAAUGGAAAAGUUACGCAUGGAUUUGAAGAAGUUCCAAGGCUAUUUGGAGAGUGCGAAUCAAAUGCCCCUGGCCAGUAAUAGUCCGCAGGCGAGUCGCAUACUCAUGCAGAAUGGACACCGAACAUCAAGACAUUCCAAUGGCAGUGCCGAAGAUCACAACGAUGAUGGCGACGAUCAUGCCGAUGAUGGUGGCAGCUUAAGCAGGUCAGGUUCUGAGGAUAAUGUGGCGCAAAUACAAAAUGGGCAUAAUAAUAACAAUAACGGCAGUUCGGCUAGUCCCGAAAGCGGUUUGGGUACGUCGCACACCUCACUGCCGGGUUCAGGACAGGGUAGUGCGAACGAGAACGCCAUCGGUGAGGACGACUAUGAUGGCGCGGAGAUUGAGGUGCUGCAACCGUUGGGCACGUGUCGAGCGCUCUAUCCCUUCGAAGCGACCAGCGAAGGCAGCAUACCAAUGAUUGAGGGCGAAGAACUGCAAGUCAUUGAGAUCGAUCAGGGCGACGGUUGGACGCGCGUGCGCCGUGCCAAUGCCGCGAACGGUUGGGAUGAGGGAUUCGUGCCGACUAGUUAUAUUGAAUGUACACUUCCAUACAUACAUUUAGUUGAGAGCAUGGCGUUCAUUUAUAAAAACAACAAAGCUAUCGACUGCGCUGAGCCGAGCAGUUCCACAAGCAGCACACCGACUAUUGACUUUUUCGAGCAACAACACAGCAGUGUUGUUUAGCAAACUAUGUAAAUGUGUAUGUGUCCUAAAUGUUUCGAUUCCAAAAUGACCAAAUAUGAUUUGCUGACUUUGAGCGCAAGAUAGAGAGAGAGAGAGAGGGAAAGUAUCUUAAGCGUGAAAUAAUUAAUUAACAAGUAUUGUGAAUUGCUUUUCAUUAUGUACUAUUAUUCUUUUUUUAUUUUAAA